CUGAAAGGGGCAGGAGGUGAAUAUCUCGCGAAUGUAUUAUAGCUGUUAUUUUCAAAAACAGAGAAUAAAAUCGCCAAACGCUGCAAGAAAUGAACUCUUCCAAGAGAGGGGAAAGUGACUGGCAAGGUUUAGUGAACGAGUUCUUGAUAUGCAAACGUAAGCUGGAGAGCAAGAAAGAUGCCCUUCUCAUUCUUUCUAAAGAGCUGGACACGUGUCAACAGGAGAGAGACCAAUACAAGCUGAUGGCCAACCAGCUUCAAGAGAGACACCAGGGCUUGAAGAAAAAAUACAGAGAACUGAUUGAUGGUGAACCUUCACUUCCUCCAGAAAAGCGAUAUCAGGUGAAUUUGGCGCAGUUGUUGAUGAAUUCACGGGAGAGGAAUAAACAGCUCUCAGAAGAGGUGAAUGAGCUCACACAGAGACUAAGUGAGAUUCAGGGAGACAAUAAGCUUUUAAGAAUGACUAUCACAAAACAGAGGCUUGGGGAUGAUGAAGUUGGGUUCAGACAUUUCCCUGCUCAUGAGCGAGAAGACCUGGUCAGGCAACUUGAAAAGGCAGCGCUGCAGAGAGAGGAGCUUGAACACAGUCUGAAGACAGUGAGUGAUGAACUGCAGGACAUGAAGGCAGAGAAGACUGUGUUCAAGGAGAAGGCUGAACGUCUCAACCGUGAGCUGAAUCACAUUUUGGGCGGCCAGGAGAGACGAAUAAUUGACGUGGAUGUCCUCUGCAUGGAGAACAAAUAUUUACAUGAGAGAUUAAAACAUGUUCAAGAGGAGGUCAGCCUUUUGAAGAGUAACAUACAGAAAUAUAAGACUGCUUUGGAUCGAAGAAGAAACUCAAAAAUUGGGGGCAAGUCUAACAGUAGUGCUCUUACUGGAGUCCUUUCACCUAAACAAGUGCAAGAGCUGUUAUCAGAGGAUAAUGGUUGCAGUCUACCAGCCACACCUCAGUCUAUCUCUGAUCUGAAGUCUUUAGCAACAGCGUUACUGGAGACCAUUCAUGAGAAGAACUUAAUCAUUCAACACCAGAAGCAGACCAACAGAAUUCUAGGAAAUCGAGUAACUGAUUUGGAAAUGAAAUUGAAGACUCUAGAAGUUUCUGGACUUUGGAGUCUCCCAGGGGGUAAAGAUGCCAUCACUCUGAGCGAGAGCCAGUUUCCUAUCACAACUCCCUCCUCUUUUGGCCUUCCACAUCAGCCAAAAGCACCUGAAAUAACUAACCCACGGCCUCCUGCAGAUGACAGGACAGGAAGAGGAGGGCCAUCGCCAUGGGAGCAGGACACAGCUGGCAGUGACAGCUUCCCGAACAUGUGGCGUGGCUCCCACACCUGUCCAGAUGGAGGUGGAGAGGAGGUGGGAACACCUGUCACCCCUGACAACAGGGAAGAGAUCUUCUUGUGUGGGACAGAAUUUUUGAGUCCGACUAAUGGGCAGGUCAGGACUGAAGUGAAAGAGGGUCCCUGCACAGAAACGGGUCCCAAGCCUGUCAUGGAGGAAACCUCAAUUUUAGAGCAUUUAGAGUAAGAUGAUGGGGUACACUGCCUGGUAGUGGAGGGGGGAGUAGAUUCAGCUUUGGCACUGGCAACAACUCUGUCUCAACGACUCAAAGUAACACAAAAUGCUUCCAUUACUCUUUACCAAACGGUGAAUAUACAGUGAGGAAAAUAAGU